AUGUCGGAAGAAGACGGCAUCCAUCAACUUAAUCGCAGCUAUAGCCCAGCUCUCAACCUAGUCCCUGCGAACUCCAAGUCUACAUGGUAUGACGAUGCGUUGGCCUACUUUCGAGCGAUCCCAUGGUGUGCAGAGCUGCUAGGGGUUUCUGGUACUUAUUACUUUCUCCCUAACUGCCGUAACUCAGCUUCGGAUCACCGAGACCAAUUUUUUAGCACGACGCUGGCUACACAAACUACUCUAAAACACGUCGUGCGCCUUUUUGUGGCAGAGGACCGAGAUGUGCUACAGGAUACAUCAACGCCCAUUGCCAGAGUGCAGACACUUUACGCUCUUGAGGAAGGUCUCGGCGGUGUCGGAUCAAUGGUGCACGGUGGAAUGAUCAUGGCCUUGCUUGAUGAGUCCUCAAAUGUACUGCUUGAGAUCAACACUGUAAUGAACAAACAAGGUACCAUGUUUGAAGCAGGAAGUGUCACGGGUGGGAUGGAAAUUCAAUUUAUGAGACCUGUUCUCAUUGGUCAAACAGUUCUAGCUACAGCCAGCAUCGAUGUAAUUGAAGGACGUAAGAUGAGGGUCAAGUGCGACAUCCGCGACGAAGAUGGGAUAAUAUUAGCUAGGGCAUCCAGCACAUGGAUUGUCGUAAACAUCAUCUUUAAGGCGUAA